GCCAGGAGGAAGGUGAGGUGAGCUCGGUUGCACGGUGCGGGAGGCUGAGCGCGAGCAGCGCCGAAACUGAGUGCGGCAUCGGGCGGCUUCCUCUCUUUCCUUCUGCCUGCCCGAGCCGUGACAUGUCCAUCCAGUACGUGGACGAGGAGCCGCUGGCUAGCAGCUAUGGAGUGGUGGACUCUUUCCCCAAAGACUUCGGCUACGGAGUGGAGGAGGCCGACAUGGAAGGCAGCGAGUCGCAGUCUGACAGUAAGCCCCGCAUCCUGUUGAUGGGCCUCAGACGCAGCGGCAAGUCCUCUAUCCAGAAGGUGGUCUUUCAUAAGAUGUCCCCCAAUGAGACCCUCUUCUUAGAGAGCACCAACAAGAUCUACAAGGACGACAUCUCCAACAGUUCCUUUGUCAACUUCCAGAUUUGGGAUUUCCCAGGCCAGGUGGACUUCUUCGACCCCACCUUCGACUAUGAGAUGAUCUUCAGGGGCACCGGGGCUCUCAUCUUUGUCAUUGACGCGCAGGAUGAUUAUAUGGAAGCUCUAGCAAGACUUCACCUGACAGUAUCCAGAGCAUACAAAGUCAAUCCUGAAAUCAACUUUGAAGUAUUCAUCCACAAAGUAGAUGGUUUGUCAGAUGAUCACAAGAUAGAAACCCAAAGAGACAUUCACCAGCGAGCCAAUGAUGACCUUGCUGAUGCUGGUUUAGAGAAACUCCACCUGAGCUUUUACUUAACCAGCAUUUAUGAUCAUUCAAUAUUUGAAGCAUUUAGUAAAGUAGUACAGAAGCUUAUCCCACAGCUACCAACACUGGAAAAUCUACUUAACAUCUUUAUAUCGAAUUCUGGGAUUGAAAAAGCCUUUCUUUUUGAUGUAGUCAGUAAAAUCUAUAUUGCCACGGACAGUUCGCCUGUAGACAUGCAGUCAUAUGAGCUGUGCUGUGAUAUGAUAGAUGUGGUGAUUGAUGUCUCCUGCAUUUAUGGACUUAAAGAAGAUGGCACUGGGAGCGCAUAUGAUAAAGAGUCAAUGGCAAUUAUCAAACUCAAUAACACAACAGUCCUGUACCUGAAGGAAGUGACUAGAUUUCUUGCUCUUGUAUGCAUUCUAAGAGAGGAAAGCUUUGAGAGAAAAGGUUUGAUAGACUACAAUUUCCAUUGUUUUCGUAAAGCCAUCCAUGAGGUAUUUGAGGUUGGAGUGAGUGCUCACAGACCAAGCAGCCACCAAGUGAAUAUGCAGAACAUGAAGACAGUGACUCACAAUGGCACACCCAGAGCUGCUGUGUAGCCCAGCCUUAGGAUGACUGUGCCAACCUUCCAGUGAUCCAAGUCUGCUGACACAGCAGUAGACAAAACAAAACGCAAGCAGAGUACAACAGGACUUGCAUUAAAGAUUAGAGUGGUGCCCUUUCUCUUGAAGAGAAGAACAUUGUGUACUGAACUUUUGUGGAUUAACGCUAAGCGAUUCUGUAAGCUGUAACUGUACACUGAGAGGUCUAGCUGUGUCAGUACAGUGGUGGCUUUGCAAAGUACCAAACCCACAAUCAUGCCAGAAUAAUAUUUCCAUUGGUUCAGCCUUUUGAUCUGAUUUGUACUGUUGUACAAAUAGAAUAAGAUAACACCCUUCCAUGGCCUAAAUAUUUUGACAAUUGAUUUAUUGUUCCAAGUGUUGUCUGCCCAUGACCCAUCCCCUGCCUCCCACCCCACGCCACAGCUUUUCUUUUUGACUCGUCCCUAUCUAAAGGCUUUGGUUUGUGGACCCUAGGUGAAAAUUGAGAUAAUUGUAGCAGUGUAUGCUGCUACUGCUAAUGUUAAAAUAACUAUGUUCACCUGCUUUUUUUUUGUGAAAAGACCAAUUAUUGUUUUGUGAAGGAUUUAUGCAGGGCCUCAAAUAGGGAUACUGUCUGCAUAAAUAACUUCGCCCUCAGAGUUCAUGCAGCAUUACUUACUGCUUAGAAUGGUCCAGAACAUGUGCACUAGUGCUGGUACUAAUAUCAUUCCUGCAGUACAUUGCAGUUUGGUCCCCCUCUUAAUUUCAGUGGAGCCAGAACAUUUGAAAUAUUCCUUCACUGCAAAAGCUUUAUGCCAAAAAAUGCACAAAUGAAAUAAUGAAAAGCAUGGAUUUCAUUAAAAUGGAUGGAGUGAAGGGAAAUGGAGGCCCUGAACCAGCUGUGUGGAUUGGUGUGGUGAUUUUCUGCACCCUGCAGUUGCAUUGCAGAUUCCUGUGAGAAACUGUUAUCAUAAGCUUAUUUAAUUUUGAUCUAGUUCUGUUUAUAAGUGGUGCAGAAUAUUCAAAUAAAUCCCAGUAAUGAAGUGAAUUGAAUGCAGAGCAAUUGAUCCCUGCUGAAUAAUAGUUUAUUCAAAAUACUACCAAUAAUGACCAUGGAUAACCACUUGGCUUCCAUCAUUAAUUAAUGAUACCAAGUGAAUUGAGUUUUUGCUUUAACAAAAGGCAACUGCACAGUCACAUGGAAAAAAAAAUGGUCGAGUGGCCAAUCAAGUAAUACAGGUGAAAGAGGGAGAUAUUACAUUGAGUAGUAGUAAUACCAGCAUGUGUUUAAAUGAUUAUACUACAUGGCAGAGCCUUAUACAACAAUAUUGCAUAUCCUAAUGCACAAAAACUCCCUAUUGUUACUACUACUUGUACUGUGUUUCACACACCCUUAUCAGUACAUCUUUGAAUGCCACUGUAUAUUUUACUUGUAUGCAUUCAGUGUGAUUAGAACUGAUACACUCAAAAUCACCUGCAGAGUGUGCUGGUAUGUUAUUGACUUGCUUCAGUAUUCACUUAAACCCUCCAUAUUCCUGAUCUGAUAACUUGAUGCCUUUAUAUUUAUAGCUUUCUUUCACAGAUCUGUUUUAAACUUGGGUUAUCAAUAAAUCUGUAACUGGCUUCAGAUGUUUUGUCCUUUUCGUGGAAUUCUGAAUCUGCUGAGAACUAUUCUAUAAUUUUAAAUGAAUAACAACAUCUAAGGAUCUAUGGAACAAAGUUUGUUUCAUUUAGCUGAGGCCAGCACAUCCCACUAAUUUGUUUCAUUCAAAUUUCCUGGUGGCCAAUGGAGAGACAACACUGUUCAGAGAAUGGUGUACAAACUUUUGUCAACACUUUGUAAAUCUGGAACUAAAUUAUAUUCACAUGAUUAAAUCUGCUAACCACUACUUUAAUAAAAUACUGAAUAGUAAGUCCACAGAACUUUGGGAGAUGUAUGACUGAAUCUUGUACUUAAAUUGAUCCAACUUAGGUGACAGCUUAUGUAGCAGAUUAUGUUUAAAAUAUUAUAGAAUUAUCAAUAGAUGAAGCACAAAGAAGCAUAGCAGAUUUAGUUGCUAAAUAUCCCUUUUUUGUGUAAAGGAUAUAUAUCAUUGCAAACUUUUGGUAACCUAACCCAAGGGUGUGAGAAACUGCUCCCAUACUCGACAAAAGUUUUUUUUUGAUAAAAUGACCAUGUUCUAAAGCAGGUCGAGGAAAAGUCAUUCUUAUGACCAGCAGCUAGAAGUUAAUAUAUACACAUUUAAAUGGGGUUAUAGCCCUAUCCAUCUAAUGGAAAUUUUGACCAAGUCUUAGCCCUGAACAAUGAUCUGUGAGCUGAUCUAAAGCUGUUUGAUUUGCCUUGCAAAAUGUUGGUGCAUUAUUGGUUAGAAUUGAUGAGUGAGGUAUUUUCCUGCAGGGGAAGAAGAAAUGAUUGGAAGAUGUGGCUAACCUGAGUUGCUGUGACACACCUAAUGUCUAAUUUGUGGUGUUUGCAGAGGUUUUGGUGCUUUUAUACAUGCCUUCCCUAUUGUACAGUGGUGGGCAAUACCUGGAGAUGGGAAGGCUUUUUAAGAACUGCUUAUGCAUUGGCUUCUACACCAAAAUGGAACCUGCUUGGCUACUAUCAGCUUCUUUGAAAUGCUCUCUUUUAGUCUUUUCACCAAGCUGAUUGUUAUUGCAAAGGUGCUGUUAUGGCUGUUUUUUUUUUUGGAGAUUCAUUAUUGUGUAAUGAGACUAUAUAUACACAGCCUACUGAAUCCUUGUAUUGUCUACAAAAAGAAAAUGCACAUUCUGAUGUCAGAAUGUGUGCUGGAAUAAACCUGUAAUUUUUCAUC